CGCGUUUCGCCGUUUACGGAGCAACCCGGGUGGCGCGAAAGCGGCGAGACCGAGCGUAACCAAGACUGGAAACGAUUUUUCCAUCGUGUAAAUACGUCGGCCGCGUUCUCAGCCGAGGCAGAGAGGAGGAAAGAUCGGGAAUAGAAGCGGAAUAGGAGGAAAGAGGAGGACGAGCGAGACGGGAGAAUGGUUGCCGGUGUUGUGAAAUUAAUCGAACGCGAGACGCGAUAGCACCACGUAGAAUCACAACACGGUGUACGGUAACGUUGUCGCGUUCCGUUUCCGGUGUUUGUCGCUGGCCUUGCGCGGUCUCGGGCGACGCGCGGACUCGCUCGAGUCCCCGCUUCGUCGCAGCGUACUCGCUCGCUCUCGACUUUCGAGCGGUUCGACUUGCCGAGACGGAAGCGAAGUCGCUGGGAAUUUUUCUGGCAAGUCAGAACCUGACUGGGGACGCGGCAACGAUCCGGACGAUCGUUCCUCGAGUUGGUCGAAGACGUUCACAGGUGAGGAAACACCGGCGAGAAGAAGCCGGUCUCCGUGGACACCGAAUGGGGUGGCUUUCGGUCGGGGGUAGAAGUAUGCGCCGCCCCCGUGCUCCUCCAAUGGGACGAGCUCGCGCGCUCCCCGGCGACCAAUGGCGAGGACCAACCGCUUCGCACCGUGCCGUGCUGCGCUCCACUCCUCGCCGUACGAGCGCGCCACAAAAAAAUGAAAAAGGAGGCCGACUGGAAGACGAAGAGAGCGAGAGAGAAAGAUAGGUAGAUAGAUAGAGAGAGAGAGAAAGAGAGAGAGAGAGAGACAGCAGUCGCCGACAACCUCCUCCGCCAACUGCAUCGGCAUUGGCAUCGGUGCGGAGCGAUCGGCAGUGCCAUUGGCACCGCUACGAUAAUCGUUCGAGUUGUCAGUAGCAGCAGAACCGCGUUAACGCGCUUCCACGCGGAACUUUAGCCGACAGUUUUUUACCCUUCGUCGUACGAUUACCACUAUCGCGAUCCGGUCGUCCUCCAUCGACGUCGAAUCUGUGAAGCAAGUGUGUUUCGAGCGGUGAUAAUCGGCGGAUAUCGGUGCGCUGUGAAUCGUCCGCGGCCAGGAUGUACCGGACACGCGACGGUUGAGGAGCAUCGUUUCUGGAUUCGAUGGAACUACGUCGCACCGGAGAUACGAAUGACGCGCACCGGCAACAAGGAUUUAUGAAUGAAGACACGAAUGGCGGGGACGUGAAUGAAGCGUGGUUUAUCGAAUAAACGUCGACCGUUCGAGCAGCGAAUGCUUAUUUUCGCGAUAAGCUACGUCGGACCGUAGGUACGCACGGCACGAGUUGCAAUCGCGUUUAUUCUCCGAUCGAUAACGCGAGUCGACGAUCGUGGUCGUCGCAGCUGGAACUCUCGAACGUCCGACGAACGCGACGGCGGCGGUGGCGGCGGCGGCGGUGGCGGCGGUGGCGGCCGAAGAGAAUUUUCUUGCGAAGACGCGACGCGACGGUGAAACGAGCAGCGAAUGAUCGGCGAGAAACGGAGAAUCGACAUCGAGAAUGCCCGAUAGCUCGGACCAACUGUCGUCGCCGAACAGCGAGUGUAACAGCCAGAUCGGUGGCAUGCACCGAAACGCGUCCACCGGACAGUUUGACGACUCGUCGAUGCCCGGGCUCGCGUUAACGCAUCAUUCGCAUUCGCAAAACCUGACGACGGCAUCGAACGGUAGUCUGCAAUACCCUCAAGAGUUGACCACUUGCAGUUCCGCGAAUACGUCUACCAAUAUCGGAAACAUCGGCGGACUUUCUCUGGGAAUUACGGCCAGUAACUAUACGCCGGAUCAGAUAUCUUGUAUGUGCAAGGCGUUAUCGCAGAGACAGGAUAUCGAGAAGCUCACGAGGCUCCUAUGGUCUUUGCCGCCCGGCGAAUUGCUUCGUCGCGACGAGAACGUGUUGAUAGCGAGAGCUACGGUGGCCUUUCAUCGAGGCGCUUACCACGAGCUCUACUCGAUCCUGGAGAGUCAUCCGUUUUCACCCGAUCGACACCCGGAGCUGCAGCAGAUGUGGUUCAAGUCGCAUUACAGCGAGGCAGAGAAGAUCCGCGGCAGACCGCUCGGCGCGGUCGACAAGUAUCGGCUGCGCAAGAAGUAUCCGUUGCCGAAGACGAUUUGGGACGGCGAGGAGGUGGUGUACUGCUUCAAGGAGCGAUCGAGAAACGCGUUGAAACAGUGCUACAUGAGAACCAAGUACCCGCUUUCCGAGGAGAAGAAGAAUCUGGCGAAGGAGACCGGCUUGACCUUGACUCAGGUGGCCAACUGGUUCAAGAAUCGACGGCAGAGGGAUCGUACGCCGCAAACGAGAACGGAUAUGCUGCCGUUAAAUUGCCAGAAUAACGCUGGCAACGUGAUCGGCAGUUCGGUGAGCAACGGAGAAAGCAUUCAGUCGUUGCAGAGCAUCGAUUCGAACGGCACGAAUCUAGCGAUGUCGCCGCUCUCGACGAUGAGCAUGUCGCCGGUCGCCGUGAACCCGUGCAGCCCGAUGGGUAUGAGCCCCAUGGCUCCCCGUCAUCCCAGAUACGCGACACCGAUGGUCUCGUCUUCCGUGCACACCACGCACCCUCACAGCGGCGGUCUCAGUCCCAUGAACGACGUGAAAGCGCUGUGCUACGGACGUGGAAUCUGCGAAACCGGUAAGGACGCGGAACAGAGCUCGGUCUAUUACUCGAGUCAUUCGAGCAUGCAUCAUCAGUAUUAUCAGCAAACGCAUCAUCAGAUGAUGUCCAGCGCUCAUCACUACCAGCACCAUCAACAGGGCAUGCCGACCGGAUACGAAAUUACGCUUCCGCCCCCUCAGCACUCGACGUGACCAACCGACUACGAGACCGAUCGAAACGACGCGGCUCAUCCAGGUCAAACCGACGAUUUGUUUGCUCGUGUCCACGCGUUUGCCUGACUCGGUGUCGCGCCUCUAUGCCCGAGCAACGUUUGAAGGGAACCGCGCAACUAAUCCUCGAUCGAACCGCUUUCGUUCCUGACGCGCGUAACGUUCAUUGUACAUUUUUCCCAUUCGCGGACGUUACUUUUUCGAAAAGCGUAGUAGAAACGAUUCAACGUUCGCGCGAUGACAAACGUCGAUCGUGCGCGUGUUUUUCAGCCAAUGGAGGCGCAACCUCUUGCGUAAAAGUUCUGGGAGGAGCCUUCCCUCGAACGAGAACUGGUUUAACAGGCGCACCCUUCUUAAAAGGUGUUCGCGAUGGAGUCUCGUCAGCUGCUCCUCCCUCCUCUUUCUACGUACGAGUAAAACGAGCGCGCAAUGAGCGCAUUUCACGAACGCAAAUCGAUAUCGCGUCGCUACGCGAAUCACUUCCUCGACCGUAAGUCUCUUCCUUUCGCGCAGUUUCCUCGUAAAUUCUUAUCCGAACGCGUAACAGGUUUGCCAGAGUGAAACGCGCUGCGCGGCUCUUCGACGAAAGCGAGCCGCUUGCAACGAAACACGCGCCGUUCUCGCAGCUACGAUCCUUUCGUUUCUCAAUUUUAAUUCGAGCACGAUCGUUUUGUGCUAUUCCUCCGCUCCGAAAUUUCCAUUCUUUCGAUACGAAGAAGCGACUUCUGGUAGGUACUCGUUUAGGGUACGUGCGUGUGCGCGUGUGAAAGCUCGUCAAUGUACAUACGUAUGUGUAGUACGUAUGCAUGUGUGUGUAAGUACGUAUGUAUGUAUAUAUAUAGAUCGAUCACAGUGUUCAAUUUCUGGUGCGAAAUAUAUUUUUGAUCGUAGAAUCGAGCGUACGAACGGGCAAUUUGUUCUUCGAUAACUCGAGUCUCGUGUCCCGAAAGAAAAGAAACGAUGUAUCGCUUUGACGAAAAUUUAUUGUACAACUACGAGCGCGAGAGCGUGAGAUGCGUUAGAUGUAUAGUUAAGUAAAUCAUAAAUCUGUGAAUCACGUUUCGAUUUUUGUUACACCAAAUUUUCAUGUUCCUUGCCUCGUAACGUUCGCGUUUCUACACUUUAAUCGCACGCGCGCGAUACUGAUGUAUAACGAGAAGAUACAAUCGAUGGUUCUCCGAUUGAUUUAUUCCUGAUUCGAAUCGCGUACGAGAUUAAUCGUUGAAAUUUUGAAACGCAUAUCGAGAACCAUUCGACGUGCAUCGACGUUCAAAUAGAUAUUUUCGGUGACGUUAUCGUCGGGAAACUAGAUUAUCGACCAUGGGCAACGUUAGCGUCCUCUUUUAACCCGUAAAGGAACUAGAUUCGUACAGUAUGCUUUCUCCUCGUUACCUUUCGUUCCUUUCGAUUUACGAUCUACGAGUUUCAAUACCUUUCGAGACUGGCAACGAACGUACAUGAAAAUGCAUUCGAUCCGACAAUGUUUUCAUAUUUACGAAUCUGGAAACUGAUCGAAUGGUUGAUGGAGCAGGAGGGCAGAAACUUAAAUUAGGAAAAAGAUCUUGUCCACGUUUCGUCGCCUUUUGGCGUGAAAACGAUGUCAAAUAUAUGUGUUUAGAUAACGUAUCGAUUACAAUACACACGGUACAACAUAUGAAACGUGUUAUUCGAUUUAUGUUUUGAUCGGUACGAAAGACGUAUCAAAACAAGAAAGAUGCACGCGACUCGAAACCCUAUCGCUUUGUAGUCGUAAGGCGAUCGAAGGAACAGUAAAGUGGAAUAAAUCGUCGGUUAAUAUCGAAUAACGCGAAAACACGAAUGCAAUAGGAGACGCCAUCGAUCGAUUUUGAAAUCAACGAAACAACGAUCGAGUGCAUCUUGAGAUAAUCAAGGUAAUUUUAACUUGCACGAUAUAACGCAUCGUUUAAAAACUUACAACCUUCUUGAUCUCAUCGAUGACAGAAGAGAAGCGACAGAAACGAACGAGAUGCUAGUUGCUUCGCUUGGUCAACGGUUGCGCGCCAUUUACCAACAGGCCCGAUAAUGACGUACGCUUUCUUACCCGUGGCAUCGCGUUCUGUCAUCAACGCCAUCUGCAGAGAACUUCGAGUACUUUGGAAAUAACCGACGCGUUUAAACGUUCCCCGUCACCGUGAUUCAAGUACAAGUUUUUCUUUUUGGAUUCGAUCUUACAUUCGAUCUUGUAACGGCGCUUGUCUCGCGUUAACGAUGGACAACGAUAACCACCUUGGAAGAAUCGUAUCCACGGAAUAUGAAGAGCUGGGCGUUCGACGUAAAAGCACGUAAAAGGACGUCGUGUACCAUCGUAUCGAUGGGUUUAUGCCAAGCGAAUAGGUAAUGUACGU